GUCGAGAGCCUCACCCAUGAGGCUGGAGGCCGCAGCCAGAAUGGAUCUGCUCAGGAAGCUGUGGAGGGCGAGGAAUCUGAUCGUGGUGGUUUUCAUCCCGCUCUCCCUCUUGCCACUUCCACUCAUCCACCCCACCAGCGAGGCAAGUUGCGCAUAUGUGCUAAUAGUGACGGCAGUCUACUGGGUCUCCGAAGCUGUUCCCUUGGGUGCCGCCGCUCUCGUCCCGGCCUUCCUCUACCCACUCUUUGGGGUACUCAAGUCAAGCGAGGUGGCGGCCGAGUACUCGAAAGAUACAACGUUGCUCUUGAUGGGAGUCAUCUGUCUGGCCGCGUCCAUAGAAAAGUGGAAUCUCCAUAAACGCAUCGCCUUACGCAUGGUGAUGGUCGCGGGGGCCAAGCCUGGCAUGUUAGUGCUAGGCUUCAUGUGCUGCACAGUCUUCCUGUCCAUGUGGCUCAGCAACACGUCCACCACGGCCAUGGUGAUGCCCAUCGCCGAGGCCGUCCUGCAGCAACUCAUUUGUACCGGCAUGGCCGACAACCUCGAACCCGACGCCGCCGAAGACGAAAGCGACAAAGAGGAAAACCCGGAUAGGAACCAACUGGCGCUGCUUUACCGUAAUGACGGUAGCAACAAUUGCAAUAAACAAGAAGUGUCGACACUCAGUGAGGUCCAGACCGGAGAACCCAAUGGUGUGAAUCCAAACACCAACCAAGACCGCAUCACACAUCCAAACGGACACUUGCCGCAGGUGGCCGUGGAAAUCCCAAACGUGAAACGCGUCAAGGCCCGGCGAGACUCUCAGUAUCCCACCAAGCGGGAUCACAUGAUCUGUAAAUGUCUGACACUCAGCAUCACCUACGCCGCCACUAUCGGCGGACUCAUCACCAUCACCGGCACCUCCACCAACCUCAUCUUCGCCGAGCAGUUCAACACGCGCUACCCGGAUGCUAAGGUGAUCAACUUCGGCACCUGGUUCAUCUUCAGUUUCCCCAUCGCUAUCAUCAUGCUGGUCCUCACCUGGCUGUGGCUUCACUUCCUCUUUCUGGGUUGCAACUUCAGGGAAACGUGCUCGCUGAGUAAGAAACGCAAAUCCAAAAGGGAGAUGAUGUCAGAGAAGAGAAUCCAUGAGGAGUAUGAAAAACUGGGACCGAUCAGCUAUCCAGAAGUGGUCACUGGUGUAUUCUUCAUUCUGAUGACUCUGCUGUGGUUCACGCGAGAACCCGGUUUUGUACCAGGAUGGACAUCGCUAUUUGAGAAGAAAGGCUAUCGCACCGAUGCCACAGUGUCCGUCCUCCUGGGCUUCUUGCUCUUCCUCAUUCCGGCAAAGCGACCUUUCUCCUCGCCUUCUUCGAGCUACAGAAAUUCGGCAUCAGACCCACUGGCUCCCAUGAUCACAUGGAAGGACUUUCAGAGGCUCAUGCCGUGGGAGAUCGUCAUCCUGGUGGGCGGAGGCUACGCGCUAGCCGCCGGCUGCAAGGUGUCAGGCUUGUCGGUGUGGAUCGGUCGCCAGCUGGAGCCCAUGAGCGGACUCCCGCCUUGGGCCGUCACCCUGCUCGCUUGCCUGCUGGUGUCGGCGGUCACCGAGUUCGCCUCCAACCCGGCGACGCUCACCGUCUUCCUGCCUAUCCUCUCCGCACUGUCCGAGACCUUGCGCAUCAACCCCCUGCACACUUUAAUCCCCUCCACUAUGUGCGUGUCAUUUGGGGUCAUGCUUCCUGUGGGGAAUCCUCCCAACGCCAUCGUCUUCAGCUACGGACACCUGCAGAUCAGCGACAUGGUGAAAGCAGGUUUCGGGGUGAACCUGAUCGGCGUUGCUGUAGUGAUGUUGGCUAUCACUACGUGGGGGGUUCCCCUUUUUAAUUUGACUGAGUUCCCGGACUGGGCGGUGGCCGCAAACGUCACUACUAGUUUAUAGUCCCCCCCCCCCUUCUUGUCUGAAUGAACUUAUGGGAAGAAGGUAAAUAGAGGGAAGGGCAUGCUGCUUAUGGGGGCAAUUCACAAUGAAAGCUGAAAAAGAUAUUUUAUAUCCUUAAAUGCUGUGUGAUGAUAUUUUAAACUUUCUUCUCCUGUACAGUAUUUGGGGAAAACAUUUUUAGUAAAUGCAAUCUUGAGGAAGCACAGAAAAGAAAAUUCGCUCCAUGGAAACAAGGCAAAGACUUUUUGGAGUUGCCAUGGUGACAGAUGAAAUACAAUUUUAGGAGAAGAAAAUAAAUGCUUUACAGUUGAAUGCUAAGCUGCUAAAGGAUGAAUGUUGCCUUGGAGAUGUGAAGGAGUCAUUUUUAUGAAUGCAACAUUAAGGUACAAAGGGUGAGCGCACAAACUUUUAUG